GGAAAAAUAGUUGAAGUGGAUUUCACUUUUCGUGUAUAGUGUGCUUGACUAAGAAAAAAAUUUAUAAAAAUUCCUCAAUUAUCCUUGAAAAUAAUUAUAUAUUUUAUGGAAAUAGCAUAAAUACUAAAUUGUAAUAGAAACUCAUUAGUUCUAGCAACUAAAAUAGUCAUUUUGUAGACUAUUUUGUAUUGAAAACAAAAUAUAAAUUCUAAAGGUAUCUUACUUUGCUAAAUACUUCGCCCGGUUGUGAAUCCUAAAGUGAAAAAAAGAAAGACUUCAGCUUUAAAGUACUUAAACAAUAGAUUAUAACAAAAACUAGAAACAAACAGCAUGAGCCUGCACAGAUGGCUGCAUCGCCGAGAAUAUGGUUUACCUUCGAAUCGUGGAGAUUUCGACAAUAUUAUGCAUCGGGUUUAUGGUUCAAUUGAUGAUUUUAAACAUUGGAAUGAUUUACCUAAUCAAACGUCAGACUAUGGAGCUGUAUUUAAUUUGGAAUUCUCACCAAAAGGAAAUGUUCUAGUGGCUGCUUGCGAGAAAAAGUCUAUAUUGUUAUUUGAUGCCAUCACCCAAAGGCAGACACAUAAAAUCAAAGAUGCUCAUACGGAUAAUGUUAAUUGUAUCAAAUUUCUCGAUGAACGUAUGUUUGCCACAUGUUCCGAUGACACAACCGUUGCUCUAUGGGAUUUACGAUAUUUGAAAAUGAAAGUACGCAGUCUACAUGGUCAUUCGAAUUGGGUUAAAAAUAUUGAAUACUCCAAUAAAGACAAUCUAUUAGUGACUUCCGGUUUUGAUGGUAGUAUUUUUACAUGGGACAUCAAUUCGCAUACCGAACAGGGACUUAUUUAUCAGAAGGUAUUUCAUACAAGUGGUUUAAUGCGUUGUCGCAUAGCGCCCGAUUGUAGUAAGUUGGUAAUUUGUUCGACCGGUGGUUAUUUGAUGAUAAUACACAAUCUAGACUUAACAACAUUACAUAAGGAUUUAAAUGGUUUCCGGCCAAGUAUUUAUCGUUUAAUGCAAAUGGGUCAUCAGUAUAUACCACAAGCGGCUAAAUUUGAUCAUGUUUUCUCUAAGAAACAAAAGAAAAAUCGUGUUGAAUUAGUGACUGAUUUUCCAGAAGAAAAUGAUGCUGAAGUAGUUUUAGCUUUACAAAUCCAUCCACAAGGACAUUCAAUACUAAGUCGUAAUAUAAGCUAUGAUGAAAAAACCGAAUGGUCAUGCAUACACGAUAUCAAUGAAGAGCCGGGCGACAUAACCGAACGUAUUAAAGAGGAACACAUAAGUUCAAGACGAAAGCGUAAACUACAAUGUGACAGUGACGAUGAGACACGUAAUGGUUUGGGUGAAGAAAGUGGCGAUUCUGAUGAUGUUUUAUUUAGCAUAAAUCGUAGACAACGUACUGUACGCUCACGAUUAUCUUUGUCACGUUUACCCCCACCGCCACCCACUUCCGUACAGUCUACCAGUUCCACCUCCAAUGCCAAUACCUCAAAUUCUACAAGCAAUCAACAGCAACAACAACAGCAGCAAGCCACAAAUCAAAGACCUGAAUCAUUUAUACCCGAUAUUUGGGCAGCUGAAGUAACUGUGCACGAACGAGCUAUUCGACAAAAUCGUGCACGCAACUCAAAUGCUGUCACCGGCUACAAUUACGUUUAUGCCAUAAGUAGCGGUGUCUUGCCAGCAGCUGCAGCGACAGCAUCUCGCAACACAAACACAGAUUCAACUAAUGCAUCCGAUUCAUCUUCUAGACGGGGGCGCUCAUCAUUUCCCGAUCUAGCCGCUUCUACCGAUGGCAGCAGCACUUCCAGCAGUGAUUCUCCCCCCUAUGUACCCUUUGAACGUGUACGUCCCAUAACAAUACCUCCCAAACGCAGUAGUUAUCAUCGUGAACGUAAAAUCUUUCAAAAUCCCAAGAAACUCAUGUAUUAUAUACAAGAACCGAACAAAGGCAAAGGUUUCAUAAAAGAACCCAGUUUCUCGGCAGAUGGUCGUAUUGUGUGCUCACCCUACGACAAUGGCGUUCGACUACUGGGCUAUAGUGAAAUUUGCUCUGAAUAUCCCAGACAUUUUCAAGAGAUCAAUAGCAUCAAACAAAAUCCUCGUACUUUGCAUGUGCUUAAAGAACUAAAAGCUCACGACGAUAUUGUUCUCAGUACGAAAUUUAGUCCACGCGAACCUUUACUGGUUAGUGGUUGUAAGAGUGGUAAAAUAGUUUGGUAUCAUCCCAUAUUGUAGAUGGUUAUUAAAUUUUUUUUAUUAUUAUUGAGAGCUUGUUUUUGUACUUUUUUUUACAUAAAACCGAAAAAUAUACGUAUAUUUUUUUUAUAACAAAUUCAUAUCUUGAAUUUAUAUAUAGUUUUUAUGUAAAGCAUAAUAAAUUUUAAGUUUUUUUUAUUGAAUGAUAAUUAAUACUUGAUUUUCCUAA